AACACUGCACAUAUGUAUUUUUACUUCAGAUGAGGAUUUAUGAGCUGCUAAGCAGUUCCAGCUGAUCGCCAGACCAAUUUAUUUGCAACAUCAGUGAGGAUGUCUCAGUUUUUUACCUCACACUAUCUGUUGCUGAUUGCAGCUUUGUGGAGCCUCAACAACCUGGGUUUGCUGGCUGCAUGGCAGGGCUUCGGUGACGGUAAGCCAAAGGAACUGUUGGACCCAAAUGUACGAGACUGGGGAGACUACUCAGACCUUCCUCCUGGAAUUGAACAUGGAUUAGGGCUGGAAGAAAGCAGAGAAGAUGGAUAUAACAGAAAAGUUGGAGAGUCAUCAUCAAGCUUGGCUCCAGAGAUGGAUUUCCUGGCUGACUUUGCAGGUAAAAAGCGUCUGUGGGUGAUAACAGCUCCAUCCCACAGUGACCAAUAUCUUCGUAUGAUGGAGAAACAGCUAGAAGAAAUGGAGCAAAAAGGCCUGAACUGCCAUUUAGCAGAAAGAGAUACGUACAUUGUAACUAUCAUUCAGAAUGCUAUGAUGGAGGGACGGAUCCAGAAAACAACUUUUCAAGGAGAUGCCACAGUCGAGAACCUGGACCCCGACACGGUUACCAAACUGCUGCACUACCUGGAGCUUACCAGCCAAGAGCAAAAGUUCACCAUGCUGGUUAUAAAGAAGAACCUACGGGUCAGCGAGCGCUUCCCUUAUCCGGUGCGUGUCGAGGCCGUUUUGGAGGUCAUCGAUCAGUUCCCCAUGAGGAAGCUGGAGAAGAUGACCAGAAAAGGAUCUCACCUCAGAUGUAAAACCACCAAAAAGAAGAUUGUGAAAAAAAGAAAAAAGAUGACACUUAGUCCUCAGAGGAGAGGAAAUGUGACUUCUGUGGUGCCAUUACAAAGAAGACCACCUUUGGACAAAAAAGCUGCUCUGAGGAGUAAGAUCCAGGAUAUACUGAGUGGUCGGUCGAGGUUUGUAAUUCGUAAGCCGUCUACAAUGAGAAAGCCUUCCAGCAACAAUGAUCCCAUCAAUUCUAAAGUACGGGAGAAAACAAGGGUGAGCAGUCUUCCAUCUGUUUCAAGGAGCAAUGAGGAAGUAAAGAAAAACAGCACUCAUCCAUCUGUGGAAGAAGGAAAGAAAAGAAAUGUAGAGAAAAAUAAUGGAAAUAAAACUGGUCAGAGUGGAAAGGGGAACAAAAAGGAAAAACAGAGGUCUAAGAAAAUAGGCAAAGGGAAAAAAGGAAAGAAAAGAAAAGGAAGGGGGAAAAAGUCCAACAGAGAGGCAAGUGAGAAGGAUAAAACAGCGCUGAAGGAGUUUUUGGACAGUUUAAAGGGGACAAGAAGGUUGAUGGUGAUCUCAACACCCAACAGAGAGGCAACACUGUAUAUCCAGCAGACUGAGGAGAAUGAGAAGUAUCGCUGUGAACUCGCUAUAAGGAAGAUCACAGUGGCAACCAUUACUGGACAGGGAAGUGAUGGCACACUUAUAAUUCAGCACUACCACCUAGAUUCAGAGCCUCCACUCAGUGGCCAAGCAGAGCACUUCUUGGAUUUAGGGGCCAUCUCUCUGCUGAGGGCAGAGCUCGGCCUGUCGUCGCCCGACCUCUUUUCAAUGACUGUCACAGAUUAUGACAUCAAGGCCAGUAGAGUCUUUGAGGCUCCACCAUCAAGCCAGGCUUUGUUUGACUACAUUGACAACUUUCCCUCGAGGAACCGAGAAAAAGAGAAGGAAAGAAAGAACCCACCAGCGUGCUCUAAAGACAUGGGACAGCCUGUAGUAGAAAACCCACUGCUCAGGUUCAUUUCUAAAAGGAGACUGCUGCUCAUCUCUGCUCCCUCUGAGGAUGACUAUUUGUUUCAGCAGCAGCUCUCUGCUGUCAGAGGACAGGAAUGUCCCCUGGGUAUUCGUCACUUUGCCAUGCUAAAGCUGAUAGGAACAGAAGAAAAAGCAUCAGGAACUGUUGAGUUAUUUCCCUUAAAUGGUCGCAGUCAGACUGAGGUUGAGUCAUUGACGCCUGACUUGGUCAACAAUAUGAGGGAACAGCUAAAGAUCGAUAAGGACUAUUUCAGCAUGGUGGUUGUGGGGAAGGAUGGUGACCCCAAAACAUGGUUUCCAUCACCUAUGUGGUCCCUGGAUAACAUCUACGACCUGGUGGACUCUAUGGAGCUCCGCCUCCAGGAGGCGAAGCUGCAGAAGAGGCUGGGGAUUCACUGCCAGGAGGACAGAGGAACAGGAGGCAAUGAGCAGGAACACUCCCACGGAUACAAUGAAGAGAGGGCAGAGAUGAUGCACUUCUACAGCCAAUCCGAGGAAUAAUGACAAAACAAGAGGAAGAAGCGAUUAUCUACCUAAAUUUUUUAAUAUGAAACAAAAAGUAUCAACAUGUGGAUUUGACUUGAGCCAAUGAGACCUCAAAACUGGACUCAUAAGAAUCGAUAAAGUCGAUGUAUAGAUGAUGAUCUGCUGGAUCGUACAAUAAUAAGCUGGAUAUUUUACAAGAAAUAAAUACAUUU